UGUAGUCACUGAGAGCUUUUGUUUUUGUUUGUUUGUUUGCGAGAGAAAAAUUGAUGGCUAACCCUAAGGUCUUCUUCGAUAUGACCAUCGGUGGUCAACCGGCCGGCCGCGUCGUGAUGGAGCUCUUCGCCGAUGCCACUCCAAAGACCGCCGAAAACUUCCGUGCUCUCUGCACCGGAGAGAAGGGAGUCGGGAGGUCCGGCAAGCCCUUGCACUACAAGGGAUCCACCUUCCACCGCGUGAUCCCUAAUUUCAUGUGCCAGGGAGGCGACUUCACCGCUGGAAACGGCACCGGAGGCGAAUCGAUCUACGGAUCGAAGUUUGCCGAUGAGAACUUCGUGAAGAAGCACACUGGCCCCGGCAUCCUCUCCAUGGCGAAUGCCGGCCCCAACACCAACGGCUCACAGUUCUUCAUCUGCACCGCGAAGACGGAGUGGCUCGACGGGAAGCACGUGGUGUUCGGCCAAGUCGUCGAGGGCUUUGACGUGAUUAAGAAGGUUGAGGCGGUUGGAUCCAGCUCCGGAAGGUGCUCGAAGCCGGUGUGUCUCCAUAUCUGUCGUCGUCGUUUAGUGUCUGUUUUUAUUUAGAUCCGCCCAUGAUCUGUUUGAUUUGAGGCCGUUUGAUCUCCAUAUCCGUCGUCGUUUAGUGUCUUUUUCUGUUUUUUAUUUCCCCUGCUCCCAGUCUAGUGUCAGACCUUAUGCUUUGCUUUCAUGUGUUGAGUACUUAAGUUUGAUGGUUCUAUCAAUUAAACUAGUUUUAUAUUUUUA